GGUGCCGCCAUGGUGCGAUGGCAUUGGAUACCAGGUGCUCUGGGCUCCAAGGUGGACACCGACUUUGGUAAAGGACGCCGCCGCCAGGAUGGGGGCCGAAACUGAUCAUCAGAACAGACGCUGUCAGUGGUUCAAAAUUCCCCCGGUGAGGGUCGUGUCCAUCACCGAUGGUUGGAUCGAACCUCGAGAAUUGCAUUCCGCGUGCUUCUCUCCCAGAGAUCUCCGUUUCGUUCCACUCAUCAGCACCAGAGACUGUCAGACGACUGACACCUCGGAGCUCCUUGACCCUGCUUCGAUCCAAGACAUGACAUUAACAGAGCGUCCCACCGUCCCGGUACGAUCACUUCCAAAACCAGACCCCGAGGCCGAACAGGAUAAUGACACCGACCGCUGCGACAUCCGCCUCCUCCGCGCAGCCCGGUACGGCUGGACAGAUCUCGCCCGCGAACUCUUACGGCAACGCAUCCCCCUAAACUCCGCCAGACGCGAUGGCCACACAGCGCUCUCACUCGCCGCAAAACACGGUCAUGAAGACAUGGUCCGUCUCCUCGUUUCGCACGGCGCAGAUAUCGAGACGAAAUGCGACGAUUCGCGUCCGAUUGGCGGACAUACCCCGCUGUGGUUCGCCGCCGGCCAGGGACACGCGAGUAUCGUUAAGAUUCUGCUUGAUGAGGGAGCUUCUACGACCGGAGGCGAAGAAUCCGACGGCCGAUUGAUGCCCUUGUCUGUCGCCUCCGUCCGCGGGCAUGAAGACGUCGUUCGCGUGUUACUUGAUGCCGGCGCGACGCCGGAUAGUCCCGGUCUCGCGAACGGGCGGACUGCAUUCUCGUAUGCGGCUGAAGACGGGAUGGAGGGGAUCGUGCGUGCAUUUCUGCAGCACGGCGCGGAUCCCGAUUUGCCGGAUUUCGGGGGAUUGACGCCGCUCGCGUAUGCAGCGCAAUCUGGGCAGGUAAGGAUGGUGGAGAUUUUGCUUGCAGCGGGUGUGGAUAUUGAGGCAAGGGAUAAUCGAAAAAGCUCGAGUGUUUCUGAUAUCUCCAUGGGCGGCCGGACACCUCUAUCCCGUGCUGCGGGGAGGGGGCAGGGUGCUGUUGUCCAGCUUCUUCUGGAGAAAGGGGCUGAUAGUAAUGCGUGGGACUCGUGGGGGAAGACGCCGCUGCUGUAUGCGGCGAGGAACGGGCACCUGGAGACUGUACGGAUCCUGCUCCAACAUGAUCCGAAACCGACUGUUCCAGGACCCGAGGGUUUGACAUCGCUCGAGAUUGCGCUGCGAGAGUUUAAGAAGUUGGCACCGACACUAUGGUAUGAUGACAUGUGGGAGUUGCUGGAGCCGGCCAGUACCAGGCCGCAGCCAGGGUUCUUUGAGAGGGUUUUCGGGUUUAGUUUGACCUGAAACUCGGCGUGGUGGUUCCUAGAAUAGAUGAAUGUAGGAUACGUCUUUUGCAGUGCUCCUCAACGAUCCUGGAAAGGGAUCAAGCUAGAUUCGACACAGUUUUCUCCCUGCCGAUGUCGACAUAAUGUAGGCCACCGGGGGUCACAAAAGCGGUGUUCUGGUGAAAGCCUUGCAUAGCCCUGCAUGGUGCCACGAAUACCCCACGGUAAGCAUUGUAUGCAGUUGAUCAGGGGUUGUUUUAUUAAGCAAUGCUGAGUGAAUGUAUUUUGUG